UGGGGUUUUUGUUUGGAUUAUGUAAUAAACAACGAAAAUCUUAAUUCUAUUUUUGCACGGUUCUAUGUAAUAUUACUAAAACUAUUAGUUUAUGGUUUUAUCGCAUCGCGAAAGCACGACUCUCUCGUAGUGCGUAUAUACAUUAUACUGAUACGUUUUUACGUCGUUCAACUUCAGCAUAUUUUACUUAUCAUUUUUUCAGUAAAUACCAAAUUUGAAUUUUUUUUACAGAUGUACCAAAUACGAUUUAGAAUUCUGCCGUCGAAGUGUUUAUUGCACCAUUUUCAGUCAUGGAGUCGUUGGACAUAUUGAACCUGCGGGUUAGCGAGUGUUCGUUUUUGGAGACAGCCUUGGCCGAUGUCAAACGUUAUAACAAUACCUUCGUUUUAGAAAACAAAAUAAACGUGGUACUUAUUUUCCCUCCAGUGAGCGCACGUAAUCGGUUUUUAGUGCACACCCUAGUGCAAACAUUUUUUAACGAAUUGAAUACCAUAUCAAUUGGUAGUAGCCACGGAAGACGCUUAGUUGUAUAUCAUUCUUCACUUAAACCAAUGUAUUGUGAAGUAGAUGUGGAAGAUGCUGAAAGGCAUGAUGAAAAUAAUUCUAGUGCAUAUCGAGCAUAUAGAACCCCUAAUGAAAGGAAGGCCCAAGAAAAAUUAUUUCAGUCACUUAAGCCUAAAAAAUUAAAUCCAGUUACAAGAUCCAAUCAACGAAAACAAAGUAAAAGGCCAGAUAUUCCUAUUUAUAUACCUAAAGCACUUAGGGGAUUAGCUAAUAAUACAGCUUCUAAAACUAAAAGCACAAAUAGUAAUUCAGAUUCAACUGCAUCAAAUAAACUUGAUGCUAAUUCAAGAAUUCAAGAUGAUUCAAGCAACAAAUUUAGUUCAAAAGAUAUGAUAGAUUCAAUAUCUAAUUAUAAUCAACAUAAUAAUAUUGUAUUAACAUCUUUAGAUUCAUUUAACUUUGUUGACUUAUCAAAUGAAGUAUUAAUUAAUGAUGCUAAUGAUGAUUUUAACUCUUCAUAUCAUGAUGCCUCAUCUCAGUUCUCAGAUUCUUUAUCUACUAGUAUUCUUCCUAAUUCAGUAGAUAUUAAUGAAAAUAAUUCAAAUUCAUCUGCUACAAACAAAAUAAUUAAAAUUAAAAACCCCAAAUUAGACCAUAAUGAAUUAGAGUCUGACAUUGGAGAAACUGUAUUUGACAACCGAGAUAGUGAUUUAACAAAAGGUAACAGUGUCAGUUUUAUAAGUUUUCAAAAAACUAUACCAGUUAAUUUACCUGACUGUCAAAUAUCAGAUGUUAAUGAUAAAAUUAUAGCUGAUAAUGUUCUAGUACCUCAAAAAACUACGCCAAUUAAUUUACCUGAUUGUCAAAUAUCAGAUAUUAAUAAUAAAAUUACAGCUGACGAUAUAUUGGUGUCUCAAAAAAUUACUGAAGCAAUAGAUCUGAGAGUUGUUGAUACAAUUUCGGGUAUGUCUAAUACUAAUAAUCAAUUGCUUGAAACACACAAAGAAAAUGAAGUGAUUUUUUCUGAUGUAUCUGAAAUAGAAUUAAAAGAAGAACAUGAUACAAACUGUCCUCAUUAUUGUUUGAAUGAUAGUUUCUCAAGUGGACCAUUAACGGAUAAAGAUACAAAUUAUUCUAAAACUAUAGAUGAAGAAUUGACUGUUCAGCAAAGUUCAGUGUUAAUUGAUAAUUCUGAAGAAGUUAUUGGUAUUAAUGAAAAGAAAAAGAAAAAAGAAAAAAAAAAGAUUUUAGAUGUAAAUGAAUGUAGCUGGGAAGAUAUGUUUGAUAAAGAGGAUGAUUAUAUACAUCCAUUGCUUAUGAAAGAAUUAGUUUCUACAAUAGGUAAAGUUCAAGUGCAAUGUGCAAAAGAGGAUUACCGUAGUUAUCAAACAAUUGAAGAACGUUCAGGUGAUGGGGAGUGUGUUAUUGAAGUGUAUGGUUUUUCUUCUGAAUUGAAAACUAUUGAUUUAAUGAAUCAAUUUGCUGCAUUUCGUAAAAAUCAUUUUGAAAUUAUUUGGGUGGAUGAUACACAUGCAUUAGCUGUAUUUGAAAGUCCAUAUUUAGCUGAUCAAGCAUUGAACACACCAUUAGCACUAGUGAAAACUAGGCCUCUUAAGAAUGCUACCAAAGAGUCGAAGCUUAGAGCUGCUACAGUUGUUCCUCUUCCAGCAACUAGGCCUAAAACUUGUACGGCAAUGGCUAGACGACUAGUGAGUAGUGCUUUAGGACUAAAAUUGAAUGUAUCAGCAGAUCUUAUAAAAGCUGAGCGCACAUUGUUGGCAAAUGCUAAAGAAAAAAAGAUUCGGGAUGCUCAACAUAAACACAAUAUAUGGAACAAUGAAUCAUGAUCAUUACCAUAGUGUACAAAAUACAGUCAAUUAUUUUUUGAAGCUACUACAUUUUUUUAAUCAUUAUAUAAUUGUAUUAAACUUUGGUUUGGGAAAUUUUAUAAGUGAAGUGUGAAAUAUUAUUUUAUAAAUAUGUGUAUUAUUUAAUUAUUUAUUGACAGAAUCAGCGAAAAAUUGCUUAAAAUUACAUUUUUGUAUUAGUAUUAUGACCAAUAUUUUAAAUAGUUUAAAUUGAAGUCUGUAUAUUUUUGUUAUAAUUUUUUUUUUAUUUUAUGAUGAUUUAUUUAAUAUAUUAUUUCUAUUAAUAAAUAUAUUUAUAUUUAUAAUA